AUGGGUCGUGAUGAUCUCGGUGGCGAGGGCGCCAUGUACCACUACCAUACGCCGUCUUCAAACAAUGCUGAAUGCUGCUCUCCGCCCGCAAAGGUUCAGAGGACGGGGUCCAAAGUCACGUCAGCUCUGCGUGCACUGACUAACAGGACCUCGAGUACCUCGGUAAUGGUCGAACCCCCAUACACCCCGGUGCCGUCUCCUACCCAUCGGGGGCAUGUGGCAAAGGCCGUAGCGGCAGGCCAGGGCUUUGUCAACAAGGUUUCAUCAUCGAUAUUCAAGUCGGCCAUGGAGCCGACUGUCGUACACAGGAGCAAGCACAAGUCUAGGCCAUCCAUCACCUCACUUGAAAACAGCUCGAUGAGGUAUCUGGACAAGACGACUCCUGCGGCAUCCUCGUCAGCAGCCACCUCGGCAACCACGCAGGUGCCCCAAACCAGCACGAAUACAGACGCCAAUACCGCUUCGAGCACACGCAGCUCGCAGCUCUUGUCGCCGUACGACUCGACGGGCAAGACGUCACUGGACUCCAAGUUCUCAGGGUCGGCCAAGUCCAAGGACCGAGAAAAGAACGCAAGCGCACUGUCGACAGUGACGGCAGAGAGGAAGGACAAGAAGCCGACGGGCAAGAGGCGGAUUCCCCGGACGCGUUCCAGCCCCGAGUCCACCAAUCUGACCCCUAUCCAGGAGACAGACUUGGACCAGUCAACAGCAACGGUCGUGACAGUCGAGCGGGCAGCGGCGGCCAAGGUCUACCUUGAGACAUUCUACCACAAUCUUUGGAGCCAGCCGACACCUCGAUCGAUGCGAAGGCGCUUUCUCGAGGGCGAUCUAUACCGUGCGGCCAAGGAACAGGCGCUAGCCCCAGGCGAGGGGGAUGCCCUGAGGCUGUCCUUCUACCGCGAUGAGUCGGACUAUCUGCGCGAGAUGCGCGUCAUCAAGACCCAGAGCAUGCGCGCUCUCAGCUCCGACUGCCGGGGGGUGCCCCGCGAGUCCGACUACGAUGUACUGAAGAUACUGGGGAAAGGAAGUUUUGGGGUUGUACGUCUGGUCCGGGAGAAGUCCAGAGAUGACGACAGAGUGCAGACACGACAGCGGCGGAGGCAGAAGCAGGUGUACGCCAUGAAGGUGAUCCGCAAGUCGGCCAUGCUUCGGACUUGCCAGGAAGGCCACCUACGGGCGGAGCGGGACUUCUUGGUUAGGUCCGAAGGCUCGAGCUGGAUCGUGCCGCUGAUGGCGGCCUUCCAGGACACGGCGAACCUGUAUCUCGUCAUGGAGUACAUGCCUGGGGGAGACUUCCUGGGGUUGCUGAUCAGGGAGAACGUGCUGCACGAGACUGUGGCGCGCUUCUACGCGGCCGAGAUGGUGCUCUGCGUCGAGGCCGCACAUGCUCUGCACUGCAUACACCGCGACAUCAAGCCCGACAACUUCCUCAUCUCGGCGUCGGGGCACUUGCGCAUCAGCGACUUUGGGCUCGCCUUUGAUGGGCACUGGUCGCACGACACGGCCUACUUCAGCAGCCACCGCUACUCGCUCGUGAAUCGCCUGGGCAUCAAGGUUGAUGGCGAUGAGCAGGACCAGCGCGAUGGAUCCAGGACGAGGCUGAACAUGAAGUGGACCGCGGGUCUGAUGACAGGCAUGGAGAAGCACGAGCGCCAACGCGCUGGUGGCGAGAAGGGUGACGAGCUUGCAGCAGCGUCGACAUCGCCUGGAGAGAAGCUCCUGGACUGGCGCAACCGGUGCGGCAACCGUACGUGGGCGACGAGUGUGGUGGGCACGAGCCAGUACAUGGCGCCCGAAGUGGUCAAGGGCGAGCACUACGACGCACGGUGCGACUGGUGGAGCGUGGGUGUGAUCCUGUACGAGUGCCUGUACGGGCACACGCCGUUUCUGAGCGAGGACGGCCGGCACCAGACCAAGCAGAACAUUCUGAACCACCACCAGACCUUUGCGUUCCCGCACCAGCCCGGCGUCUCGCAGCGGUGCCAGCAUCUCAUCAUGUCGCUCAUCACAGACAAGCAGAACCGGUUGUGUUCGCGCCGCUACAUGUUCAAGGACGUGGCGGCAGGAUCCCAUCCGGCGGCAACGGCGGCGUCGUCCGGAGUCAAGUUUGCCAACGGCGGCGGCAGCGGGCAUGGGGACUUUGCUGACAGGUUUGUGUUUGCCUACGACGGCGAGGACAUCAAGGCGCACAAGUGGUUCCGCGGGGUGCCAUGGGAGCGGCUGCACACGCUGGAGCCUCCGUUUGUGCCGCAUAUCCGCGGCAUCGACGACACGCACUACUUUGAAGACGACGAGGAGCCCGUCAGCGACUGGUCAUCUACCCAGCCGUCCACCGAGGACGGUGGUGUCAAUGGAGACGGGGCCGCGGAUGCUGCCGACGACGGCGGCGGCGCGGGAAAGGGGGUCGAGAAGCCACGGCUGGCGGCGCUAACGCGGCAGCAGGCGCGCGAGGCCGAGAUGGCGGUGUUCCUGCGCGGGUUCCGGAGCAGCAUCCAGCGCAUGGCGCGACAGUGGGUGGCGCUGCCUUACGACUCGCUGCGGCUGCGCAACAUCGACUAUGCCAUCGAGCAGCUGCCGGGCCUGACUCCCGACGAGCGCGAGGGCCUCCGGGGAUUCGUGCGCUGCUACGGGCGCAAGGAGAGGAAACGGCCGCGCGACAAGCUGCUGAGGGACCGCGCGACCAAGGGCGUGGUGCUCGAGCUGCGCAAGCGCAGUGCCUUUUUGGGCUACACGUGGCGCCGCAGACGCACCGGCGUGCACGACGCCCAGAGGGCUGCUUUGAAUGCGGCGACAGCUGCUGCCGCCGCUGCCAACGCUGCCGAGGCAGGGAGGACGGCGGCGGCGGCGGCGGCGGCGGACAUGGGCUCUGACGGAUUUGUUGCCAUGAAGGCGCUGCACCACCGGGGGAAAAUGUACUGAGAGGCAGAGUCCUGGGAAGAACUUGCUUGAAGGAGGG